GCGGCCCAGGCCUGCCUGGGGCCAGUGGGGUGCCAGGCGUCGGUGGAGGCGUCGGCGCGCUGGCCGCUGCGCUUGGGCGGGCCCCAGGCGGCGCAGCCAGCGCGGCAGGGGCUGGCCCCGUGGCGGGGGCCGCCGCAGCCGCUGCCGAACCGGGCGCAGCGGCAGGCGCCCCGCCGCCUGGCAUUGUGGCGCCGCUCGUGGUGGUCGCGGGUGGAGUGCUCGCGUUGGGUGGCGUACCCAGCGGCGCCGCCCCGGCCGCGGUGGCUGCCUCGUCGGAUCGACAUCCGUGUCCGGCCCAUCCAGCACGACGCCCCCGGCUUCUGGUUCCGCGAGUUCCGGUUGGCCGUCGAAAGGAUGGUAGAGACGCCGCUCAACGAUUUCCCUGUCCGAGGGCCUCGAACAACGCUUUGGUUCUGCCGCUUCACGGUCGCCAACCUUCAGACCCCGUUGGGCAGACAUGCAAGUUGGAAAGUUGGCGCGAAGAUGCAGGCCAACGAUGGGGGAGUCGAGAACGGUUUCAUGUGUUGCCAGAUGUUGGAGAACAUGGACGCCCUCUUGUGCAUGGGCCUCGACCGUGUUCGGGGCAACGUCGCGGUCUGCCCAGUGCGGCAGGGCUGGGCGUCGGCUGAGCUGCAGAAGGAGACUUCAGUGAUGAGGGAGGCGAGGAAGGCCUGUGAAGAGAGGGCCAGUGCCAAGACGGAGGGUAAGAAGGACAACGCCAAAAGGACGUGGCUGACCCUCCGCAGACGGCUGGGCAUGGCCG